AUGUCGUCUGGGAAAAUAAACGUCCUCAACCAUCCUGUUCUGAAUGCUCGUCUGUCGCAGCUUCGGCAGACUAGUACAUCUACAAAAGAGUUCCGAGAGGGUAUCCGUCAGAUCAGUACUUUUGUAGGGAUCGAGGCAAGUAGGACACUUGAAGAAACAUCAUUUGAAGGGAGAACACCAGUAGCCCCAUUCACCGGAAGGGCUAUCAAGCCAAAAAUCGGAUUAGCACCUAUCCUUCGCGCAGGUCUAGGUAUGACGGAUUCGAUGCUUGAUCUCUUUCCACAAGCGAAAGUUUAUCACAUUGGUAUUUUCCGAGAGAAAGUCAGUUUACAACCCGUAGAAUACUACUCGAAACUUCCGACAGAAGUUACGGUAGACAUAUGUUACCUCCUUGAUCCUCUGAUUGCCACCGGAGGGACGGCUUGCGCGGCGCUCCAGAUGCUCCUCGAUUGGGGUUUAUCCAUCAAGAACAUAAGACUUCUUGCCGUUCUGGCGUCAGAGGUGGGUUUAAAGAAACUCUCUGAGGAAUUUCCGGACUUGCAGAUUUGGGCUGCUGCUGUAGACCCGACUCUCACACCACAGGGUAUUGUCGCACCUGGUCUUGGAGAUACGGGAGACCGCCUUUUCAAUACGCUGUAG